AUGCUUUCUGAUACAUUUGUAACUCCUCAUCGACAUUUCAAUGGUUUUGUCUUGCCUCAUGUGGUAACUCCCCCUCCCGCAUGCCAUCCUCCCUCUCAAGUGUCAAAGGCGCUAUGGGACGUUUCAGCCACCCAGGCCUCGGAUACUGUCUCUGACACGCCGAUUCUGCCUGGGAUUAAGCGCAAUGGACAGCUAUCGAAUAUGAAUACCGACAGCGACUGCUCUGAAAUCGUCGGAGUUGGUGAAACAGAUCAGCAGAAUCGGUCAACUGUGAAGGAUGAACGGUUCUCGCAGGGAUGUAUUUUUCUGGACAGCACUGGAAUGAAGAUCAUGACAGUUGAAACCCACUCAAGCGAGGUCAUCGGGGACUCGCUAAAUCGUGAGCGUACUCGUCGCAUGCUGUCGGUGGGCCUUCAAAUGAACACUUUUAUCCAAGAGGCUCGAGUCAGAGUACAAUCCUCGUCUUAUCCAAUAUCACCUUUGGCCGAAUUAAUUUACCAUGAAGAAAGCCCAAAACUGCGCUUGCUGUCACUCGGAAAACAUGAUCACAGGUAG